AAACAGAUGAACAAAACAACAGCUGUUAUGCAGGUACAGAGCGGUUUUUAGGUUUGACUCAUAAUUUUUGUAAUUGUUUAAUCGUCUAUCUUCGUUGGAACUCGUGCUCUUUUUAUCUUUUCGAAAAUGAUCUUCCGGUGCUUCUUGUGCAAGCUGCGCACUCACCAGUGGUGCUUCCUCCUCUUCAAUGUGUUGCUCUUCCACGCCUUGUUGUUUGGGGCAGAUUUCGUUGAAGAGUACCUCCUGCAGCCCACACCUGUGGUUUACACUGACGGCGCGGUGGUCAGGGUGAGAGAGAAAGCGAGAAAACUAGACCUGAGCGCUGCAAAGGAGAACGUGUCCAAGGCCUACCAUAUUUCCAACGCCGAAGCCUGCCGAAACUCCGACAUCUUCCUUCUGACUCUGGUCUUCAGCUCUGCAGCUAAUCUCACCCAAAGAGAGGUGAUCAGAAAGACGUGGGCCAAUUCGGUAGUGAUUCAAGGCUUUCCAGUAAAGACGCUGUUCUUUUUGGGACCGACUCAGACCUCUGAUGCACAAGAGGACAUCAUGAGAGAGUCUGAACAUUAUGGAGACAUAAUCCAAGCUGAUAAAUCAACCCUUCAAGACCCAAAAGAAAGAACAGUAUUGGCUCUUCGUUGGGUUAUUGCCUUUUGUCCUCUUUCACGCUUUAUUCUUCUGACCAAAGAGUCUGUGUUUGUCAACCUACCUGCCAUUGGGAGUUACCUGCUCGGGCUGCACCGGCACCCUGAAGAUCUCUAUUUGGGUAGAGUGAUCCAGAAAGACUCCCCUGACAGGAACCCCAACAGCCCUGGCUUCCUGCCCCCCACUCUCUAUCCAAACAAGUUCCUGCCCGAGUACUGUGAUGGAACCGCUUACGUUCUGUCCCAGGACGUGGUCCGAAAAGUGUAUGUGGCAUCGGCAGCAGUCCCGGGGCCCGUGCCCAUCGAUGCUUUCGUUGGUCUCUGCGCUCAGAAAUCAGGUGUUGCACCGACGCACAGUGCCAGGUUCUCUGGAGAGAAACACGUCUACUACAACGCCUGCUGCUACCGUUAUCUGUUCAGCUCCGCAGGAAUGGGGAGCCAUGAAUUAGAAAAAGUGUGGAAAGAUCUGGAACAGAAAGGUGGACAAUGCUCUCUGCUGAAGACAUAUUAUGGUCUGGUGAACUGCAAGGUUCACACAUAUUUGGACAAGUUGGGUCUAUUCAAUUAAUGUUAGGGGGAUUGUACUGUUAGAAUUGAGGAGUAAAUGUAUUUUGUAUGUAAUUUUUGUUUGUUCAUGUUUGUCUUGAAGCAAAAUGAUAAAAUUUGAAAUAAGCUGCCAUGCAAAUUCAAAUUAAGGUGGCAGGAGGAGUUCUUUUUAAC